AUGGCGAGUGAUGAUGAUGAGUAUCGCAAGGCAAAUUUAUUGUCUCGGGCUGAAUGGCAUCCAGACACGGUGGCCCGCUUGAUCGAUGGCUACGGGGAAAAGUGCGCCAACAUCAAGGGGUACCUGAAGACCAAAGACUGGGAAGAAAUCGUGAAAUACGUGAACAUACAGUGCGAGGGUUCCAAGGUUCCCAAGACAAUGAAGCAGUGCAGGGAAAAGAUCGACAGCUUGAAGCGGCGUUACAAGCUGGAGAAGAGGCGGGUGGAGAUCCGUGGCUCGAAUCACGUGAACUGGUCCUUCUUCGAUAAAUUGGACGACAUUAUGCGCAAUUUGAGGCGGAGCGGCAAUAUAUCGGAAGGACAUUCCUUUGAGGUCGCAGAGGCGCUGGAUUUCGAGGGAUUUGAAGGGGACAGCCGCUCAGAUUUGAUGAUUUCCAAUAAUAAAGGUAAAGCAUCUUGUAUUGAGAAUUCUUCAGAUGUUUUCUUAGAUGACGGAAUGCACACCGACGGUAAUAAUAUUCAUAACAAUAUCAAUAGAACGAGCAGUCGUAGGGUUCGGGUUGAACUCCAGGAUAGCAAGGGUAAAAGACAGGCCGCGGGAGCACCGGAUCGCAUGUCUAAAAGAAGCUGUCUUAAUCCAAACCCUAGUCCUCACGGUAGCCUUAGUCCCAACCCCGUCCGGGCCCUUGCAGAUGCUCUGGUGAGUUUCUCUGAAAUUUAUUCUAGAAUUGAGAGUGCCAAAAUGGAGCUGUUUACAAAGAUGAAUUUGGAGCUUGCAAAGCUUCACAAGAAGAAGAAGAAAAAUCCGUCUUCGUCUAGUAUGAACUGUGCAGAAUCCGACAAAUGCAGGGCUUCCCAGUAG